AUGGUUGGUUUUUCAUUAACUUGAAAAUACUAUUGUUUUCUGAAGUCGGAUUUUUCAACUUUUAGGUCUUGCUGCAAAACCCGCAAGUUGCGACGCCUGUAAAUCAAGUUGUAAGUGCAAGUGCCGCUCCCAAUACGAACCAACAGAGGAUCAUUUUUAUUCCAAAUAGACCUCAAACGUCCAUGCCGCAGCCAAUGAGCAGCACACAGCCGCAACAAGUUUACCUGUUGCAGAAUGGUUCGCAGUCAAAUCAACCAGUAAGUAACUAAGAGGAUUCACUUUAAUCUGGUUCUUCAGAUUCUAAUACCGUUUAUUCCUGGCAACUCACAAUCCAAUAAACCCCAAAUUAUACAAGUCGCUACAUCGAUGUCCACCCCGUCAUCGGCCGGUAUGAGUCAGGUGGUUUUAGCCCCCAGUUCGCAGUCAGUGCAACAACAGCCACAACAAACUCAGCAACCCCGCUUCGUAAACAUCACAAAGGCCGAAGCAAAGCCAGAGGUUCAGAACCAAUUUGUACAUAUUAUGCAGCCAACUCAGAUGCAGAAACCCCCUCAAGUUAUAAAUGCCAGUCCUCAAAGACCUCCGGCAACAUCUCCUUCAAAACAAAGCACACCAGGACAACAACAGACGCGGAUUACUCUUGGUGAGGCUCUAUUUUGUAUGAUUGAAAUUUGUUUAGGCAACCUUCAUUUCAAACAAGAUCCAAAUGACCCACUAAAAUGGAUUAUCACAAAUGAUUCUGAUCAGCCGGCAAGUGGAGCGCCGGCAACUCCUAUUCAAAAUAACACACCAAGUCGGGGGAGCACGGCCGGAAGCUCUGGCAUGUUUUUAUCACCUCUAGAUUCUGGAAAUGGGACGAAGAAACAAGCCAAACGAAUCGCUUGUAACUGUCCAAACUGUCAGAGUAACCAAAACAAACCGUAAGAAUCCCUUUUGAUUCGCUGUAUUUUUGAACUUGAAUUAUUUGUAGAAAUGGGGAACGUCAACGCCUUCAUGUCUGUCACAUCUGUAAUAAGACUUACGGCAAGACGUCGCAUCUCCGUGCUCAUCUACGGGGACAUGCAGGAAACAAACCAUUUGCAUGCGAUUGGAAUAUGUGCACGAAGAAAUUCACAAGAUCUGAUGAACUACAACGACAUCGAAGAACGCAUACCGGGGAGAAAAGAUUUGUGUGUACGCAAUGUAGCAAGAAGUUCAUGAGAUCAGACCACUUGUCCAAGCACAUUCGAACACACAGCAACCCAAGAGCUUCAGCACCAGUUAGGCCCGAAGUAAUCGGCCAUGUCGUGGCCGCGGCAGCGAAUCAAGUACGGGUCGACUCGCAGAUGAUGGAAUAA